CGCCAUUCCAAUCGCUGGUGUUUCUUUCUGUCAGAGAACCUUUAUGGUGCUACUGGUAUGGCGUCUACCAUAUAAUGCCAUGAUUCUACCUAAACAUAGCUAGCCACCUAAACGUGGAGAAGCGAAAUACAUGGUUGCAAGCCGUCAGCACUAACCAGGCUGUGGAGAAUAGACCUUGGGUAAUGAUGGAGCAGGAGGACAUGCCAGACACAAUUGGUCAGGCCAGACACUCUCUCUCUAGAUGCAACAAUAAGAGGGAGGAUGGAAGGCAACGAGAAAACAGCACCGAUGAGGAGGGUGGGGAAGUACAAGAGAAAGACUGGAAUGAAAACUAUGAAUGUGACAGCAACAUAUCAUAUUUCGAAGAUGAGUUGGAUCGACUUUUGGACCCAGAGGAAAAUAAAGACUGUUGGACAGAACCUUCAGAGACUGUAGACAGCAAUGGGACAGCAGUAACAGAGACUAGAGGGAGGGAAGACUCCCUGUCCAAUGGAACAGAAGUUAUAGAGCUUAGAGUGGGCAGUGAUUCUCCUCCCUGUAGGACAUCAGUAACAGAGACUAGAGGGAGGGAAGACUCCCCUCCCAAAGCGACAGUCUCUUCACAGUCCAGAGUAUGGUCCCCCCCCCCUUCCUCCUUAAUAGAUUCCGAUUUCAAAGAAGAGUUGGAUCGACUUUUGGACCAAGAGGAAGAUGAAGACAGCUGGACAGAACCUUCAGAGACUGUAGACGGGAAUGACACCCCGUCCAAUGGGACAGACUCUUCACAGCCCAGAGUAAGGGGUUCCUCCCCUCUCUCCACUGAGGCUUCAGAGUCCAGUGAGGAGGAUGAAGACGACCUUUCCUUUGAGACAGAAGCCAUAGAGACCAGAGCUUCAAAAAAGAGAAAAAACAUUUCCAGCCCUAAAGCAGAAGAGAAAAAGGGGCGAAAGAAGGCCAGGCCUACAUCCUCUCCCCUCUGGAUAUCCAGCCCUGCCAAAUCCAGAAGGAACGCUCAUGCAGCCACACCUCUUAUCAUUGGGUCAGAGAGGAGGUGGAGGACUGAGGAUGAACCAGAUCAAGAGCCUAAACUGUUCCCCUUCGAACCAGCUAGGACUCCAGGACCCCAGCUAGACACUUCAAAGAACUACACUGUUCUAGAGCUCUUCCAGCUCUUCUUCAGUAAUGACGUUGUUGAUACUCUCUGCUCAAACACCAACAAGAACGCCAAGAGAAGACAGGAACAGGGAAUCAAAGAACCAUGGAAACCUGUAUCCGUGGAGGAAAUGUACAACUACCUCAGCAUUGUAAUCUAUAUGGGUCUGCUGAAUGUGCACACUGUAUCAGACUACUGGGUCCCGAACAGGUUGUAUGGUAUUCCUUUUUGCCGUACAGUCAUGACUAUGACAAGAUUUCGGGCAAUCACCUAUUCACUGCACAUGAGUGACCCAGCAGAGGAGGAGGAAAACGAUAAGAAUAAGGGGACUGCAGAGUACGACCAGCUAAUGAGAAUCAAACCUCUCAAAGACCAGAUAUUGGAGGCAUGCAGGGCCUUCUACCACCCAUUCCAGAACCUUUCCAUUGAUGAGCGCAUGGUGCACUCCAAGGCCCGCCACAGCCUCAAACAAUACAUUAAAUCCAAGCCCUACAGGUAUGGGUUCAAGGUCUAUGUUUUAGCAGAUUCAAGAAAUGGCUACACAUGCGACUUCAGUGUAUUUGUGGGCAAGAACCCAUCUGCUUCAGGAAAAGGGGAGUGCUAUGACGCUGUCAUGGACCUGUUGAAUGUCCCUCACUUGGGCACAGGGUACCACAUUUACCUUGAUAAUUAUUUCACCAGCGCAACUCUCUUCCGUGACCUGUACAAUAAGAAAUUAGGAGCUUGUGGAACCAUACGUGAAAACCGUGUGGGCCUCGCUGGUGUGCAAGAGAACAGCAUGCCUCCUAGAGCAAAGAGAGGGACCAUCCGCUGGCUUCGUGACGGGGAGCUGCUCUUCACCAAGUGGAUGGAUGCACGACCAGUCACCAUGUGUACCACCAUCCAUAAAGCUUUCGCAAAGGAGCAGGUGCAACGACGUAAGAGGUUAGAGGAUGGCACCUGGACAACACAGCCUGUACCCGCCCCAGAGCCGAUCAAGCCAUACAACAAGUAUAUGGGGGGUGUGGACCUGUCUGAUGCCCUGAUCAAAUGCUACAGUGUGGCCCAGAAAACCAUGAAGUGGUACAAGACCUUCUUCUACCACUUUGUAGAUGUUGCUGUGGUGAACAGCUGGCUCAUGCACAAGGACAUGGCUGUGACAAAGAAUACAAAGCCUAUGGCCCAAAAACAGUUCAGGGAGAAGCUGUGUUCGCAGCUUGCUGACAUUGCACUGAAAGGGGAUGUUCAGGAGGAGAGGGGGGAGGAGCAUAAGGAACAACCGAGCGAACAGCGAGUGGAAAAGCAGGGUGAAAAGCAGGAUGAAAAGCAGGAUGAAAAGCAGGAUGAAAAGCAGGGUGAAAAGCAGGGUGAAGAAGAGGAAGAGGUGGAAGUUGGUUUAUUGUGCUGUCCUGUGCCCACAAAAGAUCCCAUCACGGUUGCGUUAUGUAAUAAAGCUUCUGAGGGAAGGAGGCAGUGUCAUUUGUGUAAGCACAAGACCAUUUGGCAGUGCGAGUCCUGCAAGGUGGCACUCUGCAUAAUACCAGAUAGGAACUGCUUCAGGAUAUGGCAUGUGAAAAAAGACAAUGACGAGCAAGAUUGAAGUUAAUCGUUUAUUUUCGUUCCAGGGGUUAGGCCUACAGGAUUUCUGAAUUGGUGGGAUGUACAGUGAGGGAAAAAAGUAUUUGAUCCCCAGCUGAUUUUGUACGUUUGCCCACUGACAAAGUCAUGAUC